GUGGGAUGCAACCUCAAGAAUAUAAUGUGCGACUGCACUCGCAUGUGCAUACUUACAUUCCUGUUGUAUCAGCCUUGUGAUAGCGCGAUGAUGCCGCAUGCGUUUCGACGAGCAACUUUUUCCCUGUUUGUGCUUUCUACGGUGGGGAGCACAGCAGUUUCUGCUCGACGGAUCUCGAACCAGGUCCUCCAAGCGAAGCAGCAGGAAGCGGCGCAGAGAUGGCUCCCGGAGCGCCUGCAUAGUGGUGGUCCGGACACCGUCAAGAACAUCACCUUCAAUAACCCGCGCGCUUCAGAGUUCUACGUGGACGGCGCGAACAUCCCGCUCGUAGAUUUCGACGUUGGUCCUAGUUGGGCUGGUCUGCUUCCUAUCAGCAAUGCCAUCGACGAAACCAGACAGCUGUUCUUCUGGUUCUUUCCUCCUGCACCGCAAGGUAGCCUCGAUGACCUGAUAUUCUGGACGAAUGGAGGCCCUGGGUGUUCGGCGAUGGAGGGGCUGUUGCAAGAGAACGGACCAUUUAGCUGGUCACACGGACAGGCCAAACCCACUCCCAACCCAUACAGCUGGACCAAUCUAUCGAGUAUCCUAUAUGUCGACCAGCCGGUCGGGACAGGGUUCUCUCAAGGCGAGCCGAGCGUACAGAAUGAGGAUGAUGUCGCAGCGCAACUCGUCGGUUUCUUCCAACAGUUCCUGGAAGUAUUUGAGGAACUGCAGGGAAAGAACUUCUAUGUAACCGGAGAAAGCUACGCCGGAAUCUAUGUUCCUUAUCUUGCAAAUUACAAUUAUGAGAAUCCUCGUGCACUGAACUUGACCCUCAAAGGAUUCUGGAUUUCUGAUCCUUCUGUAUCCUGGGAUGUAGUUCAAGAGCAGAUUCCUGCUGUUAACUUCGUACAUAAAUACGAGAAUGUUUUUGCCUUCCACACUUCGUUCAUGGAGUUCCUUGACGCGACGGCCGAACGCUGCAACUAUACUGAUUACUACGAGACAUACGUCACAUACCCCCCGGCAGGUCUCCUGCCGCUCCCAGGCAUAUCCAUCGAAGCCGACGAGGGCUGUGACGUAUGGGACGCAAUAUUCAAUGCUGCCCUUCUGAUGAACCCUGCAUUCAACAUAUAUAGGAUAUUCGAUACUUGGCCAAUCUUAUGGGACGUACUUGGCUUUCCGGGCUCUUUCCCGCAAACUCAAGUCUCGCCUCUCUACUUCAACCGCGUGGAUGUAAAGGAGCACAUCCAUGCCCCCGGAGACGUUGACUGGGCAGAAUGCUCGGACAUCAACGUCUUUCCGAAUGGUGACAAUAGCCUACCGCCUGCAUUUACUGUUCUGCCGAACGUCAUCGAGAAGAGCGAACGGGCAGUUAUCGUUCACGGGUUAGCAGACUUUGUACUGAUCGCGGAGGGAACGAGAAUCAUGAUUCAGAAUAUGACGUGGAACGGGGCACAGGGUUUCCAGACACCCAUCGCAAGUGAUAGCUUCAUCAUCGACGGAGUGGGCUCCCUCGGAAGUGUGCAUUCAGAGCGUGGCCUGACGUACUUUGAGGUUGAACUAGCUGGUCACAUGGUCCCUGAAUUUUCUCCAGCGGCUGCAUUUACAGAUUAUGCAGUAUCUCAUGGGACUCAGGGACACCCCUUCGGUGAUGGUUGAAGACCAGAUUGUACUAGCAAAGUAGGCAGGGUUCAGAACACUUACAUGGCGGUACACGAUACCUUGACGUGCUUGUGUAUCUCAUGAAUGA